GUUUCCAUCACGAUGACCGAUCUCGUGGCCACUGCGCUCGGCUACCCCACAGUCGUCAUCGGCGUGUUUGGCCUCGUGUCCGUUGUCGGCGGUGUCUUGGUGUACUUGUUCACCAUCAAACCAGCACUCAGCCCAUUGAACGUCAUUCCUGGCCCCAAGUCGACCCACUGGUUGUUUGGUUCCCUCAAGGAAAUCAUCGACACCAAGUGGAGCAAGGGUCAUUUCCCCCAACCUGCGCUCUCUUGGGUCAAGAAAUACGGCGGCGCAGUGCACUACCGUGCUUUUCUCAGACACCGCGUGUUGAUCACAGACCCAGAAGCGCUCAAGCACGUGUUUAAUACCAAGGCCGACAAUUACCCUCGAUCGACCGAUUCCCGUCUCUUCCUCCGGGAAAUCAUCGGAGGGGACGGACUCCUUAGCUCGGAAGGCGACGCGCACACACACAUGCGAAAGAUGCUCAUGCCCCACUUUGGAUUUGCCAAAGUCCGCCAGUUCAUCGACGUGUUUGCAGGGCAAACCCAAGCCCUCAGCUCGCAAUUGGAUCGUCUGGCCGACACAAACGCGCCCGUGGACAUGCAUGACUUGUUUACCAAGUUGACGCUGGACAUCAUCGGACUAUCCGCGUUUGGGUACGAUUUCCAGUCGCUGACCAACCAGAAUGAGCGUGUGAUGGCCGCGUACAAGAUGAUGAACCAGCCGCCGUCCAUCUUGUUUGCCGUUGGCCGCGUGUACCUCCCUUUUUUUGACAGAUGGCCCUUGCGCGCGAUCCAACGACGCAACGACGCCAAGCGCAUGCUGUUUCAAACUGUGGACGAUGUCAUUUCCGCCAAACUGAAGGCGCCCCGUCGCCGCACUGGCGCUGCCACCGACUUGGUCGAUCUCAUGCUGGACAAUCAAUCGACCGAGCACAAGGUCAGCGCCGAGGAAGCGCGGACGCAUGUCAUGACGUUCUUGACUGCUGGCCACGAGACGACGAGCAGUACGUUGUGCUGGGUGUUUAGCAUGUUGGCCACGCAUCCGGAGAUGGAAACGAAAGCUCGCUCCGAGUGCCAUGACGUCGCCGCCGCCAACAAUGGCAGAAUCGAGUGGAAGUCGCUUGGCGAGCUCAAAUAUGUCACUGCGUUCAUUCAAGAAACGCUGCGGUUGUAUCCGACGAUUGCCGCCUUGGCCACCCGCGAGACCGCCACCGACGAUUACUUGCCCAUGGCCAGUGGCAAAUCGUAUUUUGUACCCAAGGGAACAACGAUUGCCGUCAACACGGGGGCUUUACAUCGCAAUCCAAUGUACUGGAGCACCCCCGAUGAGUUUGUGCCAGAGCGCUUUUUGGAAGGGUCGGAGCCGUUUGCUGCGGACAAGGUGUUGCGGCACGGCCAAGGCAACACGUAUUACUACAUGCCGUUCAGCGCCGGGGCCAAGAACUGCAUCGGCAUGCGCUUCGCCAUGGCCGAAUUGCAGGUCGUCGUGUCGAAUUUGCUGCUAAAGUAUUCGUUCAAGGUGACAAACCAAGCCGAUUUGAACCCCAAGCAGGAUGGCGUGUCCAUCAAGCCGGUCAAGUUGGACAUGAUGGUACACCGUGCUGCCACCAGCUUUUCGACCGUAGAUAGUCCAUAGGCUGCGGCGUCCGCCACAUAGCUCACGACGAAGUAAAUAACAUUACAUUUCUGUUUCUUUCCA